AAAAUGGCCGCACAAUCGAUCGCGCCUCCACCGACGAACGCGUUUCUCCGUCUCAAACGUCCGCAAAUAAUGUACAAAAGCAGUGUCUUCGCCGGCAAAACGGGCGAUUAGAACGCGUUGGACGUCUCCGCACCGGUCACCGGCGUUUCUGAAGGCAUACGGUAAGCAAAAACAGUGGUUUCCCGCUGCACACCGAUGGGCAGGGUUGUGAAGGGCUUUUUUCCCAUCUACCCACCGUCCGCCGUUGCCGUGUGGCGGCGUAACAUUUUUCCCGUCUACACACCCCUGCUGCUCACUCUCCGGCGUCGUCGCUGCUUUCCCUGCGCGCCCAUCUUCCGACGGCUCACCCGUUCCACGGCCGGUCAUGCCGUUCUCGAAACGUGCCGUCUGCCGGCCGCGUACGCUCGUACGGCAGAAAAUAACCGACUAUAUCGCGGUCUCGUACGCCAUUUUGGCCAACCGAAAUCUGGACCGUUAAGACAUUCUAUACUCUUGUUUCGGUCGUCACCACUUUCGCCGUGUACACAUCACUCAUGAUCUGUGUACGUUUAUCCAUCCCGACGUCUGUAAUUUCUGCCGUAAACCGAUUUUAUGUUUUUGGUGAAAUUUCGUUUGGGUGUCCUGUUUUUUAGCGCACGUAGUAGGCCAAGCCCAACGUGUGUAUUGAUUUUUGUAUGUUUCAUUCAACUUGCACCAAUUAACGUUUUAUUAUUUCCCUUUUGCUGCUAUGUCGCAUCUUCUAUUUAAUUCUGUGUGUCAAAUGUCCAAUGUACUUAUAAGUAGAUGAGUAUUCAAAUUUGGUAUGUAACUGUGUACUUACUCACACGUACCUACGUGUGGUUUUUAUUAUUUUAAUUCUGUAAGAUUAUGAUUUCUGAUUUUAUUACAUUGGAUCACCCAGUUGAGACGUUCCGAUUAUUGUCAACUGCCAUGUUGAUCUGGUCAUAGAAUUUGUUGGCGGAAACUAUUUCGUCGUUUAACCAACAUCAACUUUACACUAUCUUUUCACUCAAUGACCUCGAGGUGUAUUAGGCGUACCACUUAUAUAUAGGUAAUUAUUAUUCCUGUUUGACACAACUUAAGAGUGUUGAGUCUAUAGUUAUUAGGUAUUCGAUAUUCUUUUAUGACAAAUUGUACACAGGUACCUACCUAGAGAAUGAAAAGUAAUUUACUUAACUAUUUUCAUUUUUUCUUGUUUUAUCUGUGUAUAGAGUCAAAGAAUUAAUUAACUGUGUUUAUAUUAUUAGUCUUAAAAUAUGAAAUGCAUACUUGUUAAAUUAUUGGAGUAUUGAUUAAUUAAUCUCAAGUUCUGCAGUAGACAGUAGAUUAAGUACACCUACCUAUCUAGUAUUCAUAAAUAUUAUUUAAUUUAUUUUUUAUGUACUAAGUUUUGUAUGAGAAACUAAUUUUAGAUUUAAUGAUCAUAUUUUUUUUUAAUGUUAGUAUUGAUCCUUUGUUCUAAACAUAUUACAUACAUGUUUAUUUUAGUUUAGAAGUUUUGAGUAAUUUUCGCGGGCAUCAGAAUACAUUUAAUGAUUUUGUCAGUACUGAAAUCAAAUUGAUAAAAUUAAGUACAUAAAUAGUAUAUUACUCAAUGACAUAAAAUUUGUAGACUUUUAUGAAAUAUUUUACAUUUCAAUUGUAUCUAAUAAUUAUCUAUUAUACUAAAUUGAGCUGUAUGCAUAGGUUUUUGGUUCUCGCUUGCUCUCAACAAUUCAAAUUUGCAUAUAAUUUAAUUUACCCUCUCAUUUUUCCAACAAAUAUAAUGUAAUUACAAUACACCAUGCUAUAAGAGAACAUAUACGAUGACAAACCAAAUCACGUAUAUUUUUGUGCACACCCACUGCAAAAACAUGAUUAACCGACUCGACGGUGGGCAGAAUGUUAUUGUUUGGGAAUGUGGGAGUCCUGUGUGUUCUCUUGUAGCACGAAGUAUAAUUAGUCUAAAGAUAUGUGUAUUAAUACAAAUUAAAAUUCAGAGUUAACUAUCAUAAUAUUUUAAAUUCUAACAUACUUAAAAAAAAAAAUCAGAAUACUUGGACAUUUUUUAGAACAUAAUUAAGGAUAGUAUACAGGGUGAUUCACUCAAAUGGAAACAUUCAUUAUCUCUGAAUUUUCGACUUUGUUAUCUUCAAAUUUUUUUUUUUUUUUUAAAUUUAAAAAUCAAAUAAAUCUAAAAUGUUACUUUUUAUUUUUUUAUAUCCCUUAUUUUAGGAGUUAAAAUUACUAUCUAUUUUUGAUUUUAAAUGGUGAUCUAUUUUGAAAAUGCCUUAAAUAAAUUGAGUAUUAUUUAAAAUAAAUUAUGGUGUUGAAAUUUUCGAUUUCCGUUGACCCGUUGAUGAGAUUUUCCACUUUAAAGUUUGCGUUGGAGGAGAGUAGUGGUGCAUUAUUAAUAUGCCGUGCGUCGUACUACUACACAAAUGAUACUUCACUACUAUUCUCUCGUCAACAGGUUGAUGGAAUUUCAACAUCAAAAUUUAUUUUAAACAGUACUCCAUUUAUUUAAGUCAUUUUAAAAAUGAUCACCAUUUAAAAUCAAAAAUAGACAGUCAUUUUAACCCUCAAAAUAAGGGAUAUAAAAAAAUAAUAUAGCAUUUUAGAUUUAUUUGACUUUUAAAUUUUCAAAAAAAAAAUUUGAAAAAAGUUAAUACUUUCAGAGAUAAUGAGUGUUUCCAGUUGAGUGAAUUACUCUGUAUAUCACAAUGAGGGCAUUCUACUUUAAUAACAUUCAUACAUUUUUACAGUUUGUUCUUUUUGUAUUAUAGGGGUGUAAUUAUUUGUAAAUUUUAAUAUUUAUAAACAUUAGGUAUACCCUACCCAUCCAUAUCAUUUUUUUUUUUUUACUGAUUAUUCACUUUUUGAAUUCACACAAAGGAAUAGCAUAUUGUCUCUGUGUCUACAGCCAAGUUAUUUAAUAUCUUAAAGAUUUGGUUCUACAAUUUGUGUUUUAUGGUUUUGACUUUAUAGUUAUUAGAUUCUAUAAAUUGAAUUGUGUACAUUUUAGUAUAUUUUUUAAAUACUUACCUAUUAUUUUUUGGUGUGUAGUACAUGCUAUACAGAUAAUCUUUUUAGAAUAAAGUUGAAUUUCUUGGAUGACGAAAACAUGUUGUGUUCACACGCUUAAACUUUUCCCACCAACCACCUUGGACCCUUUAUGUAUAGUGAUGGCAGCUAUGAACAUGCGAGUAGUUAAUUGUUACCUCAGGUUGAUAAUUGACUAUCAAUUGCAGAUAGUAUAGUGUUGACAUCAGGGGUUUUGGACUCGCUUGGCGACUCCGUCGUCUGUAUGCGUGAAAGCAGUUCAAACUUGUCCUAAAUAGAGUAUAGAUUAGGUUAUUAUAUUAUGGUAUUUAUUAAUUAUACUGAAGUGUAUGUAUAAUUACCUAUUUUAAAUUAGCAUAUUAUAAAGUUAUUUUUUUUGUUAUUUUCAACAUUUAUAAUAAAGUAUAAUAAUAUCAAUAGGCAUUUUAUUGUAUUAGCUUCUUGUGCAUUACAAACUCAGUUUUAUUUCGCCUUUAUUAAUUCUCUAAUACUAAAUAAAGUUAAAUUUUGUAAGAAUAUUUUAGUUUUUUUUUUUAUAGUCUUGAGUUUUCUGUUUUUAUCUUAAAGGUUUUUCAACUUAUGAUCUGUUUUGCUCAGAUUAACAUGACUGAAGUGCUGAAAGCUAGUGAAUUAAGGGUCCCAAUGCCACCAGAAAAUAUGAGCCUAAAUAGAGAUAGAAGCGGAGAACAUCAUCAGAAUAUGGAUGGUCCACCACAACCUGCACAUGCUCAUUUUACUCCUCCAACUUCUGUAUCUGAUUUAGAAUUAUUGCAACACAGAGUUAAUUGGGGUACAUUCAGUAAGUUUACUUAAAAAAGUGUAAUAUUAUCAUUAAAAUGUUUAAAUUAAUAAAAAAAAAAAAAACCAUAAAAGGAAUCCAGUGUUUAACUAAAUUAACUGUUUUUAGGUGAUCCUACAAAAGUAUGCUCUAGUCUAAUGCUUCAACUUGGAGGUGCUGCUGCUGCUGUUAACUCAGGUCAAGGUGGCUCUUCUGGAAAUAAUCAGACUAAUGGGAAUAAUGAACGUCGUACACACAUCACAGGCUCUAGUCUCAUGUUACAAUUGGGAGGUGCAGCAGUAGCCACUGUACCAAGUAGUGCAUCGGGUAGUACUCAGAUAUCAGGCUCUAGUGGUGAACGUAGAACUCACAUCACUGAUUCACCAUUUCACUGUGACAUAUGUGGAAAGUAUUUCUCCAGAAAAGAUCAUUUCAAAAAUCAUGUUAUGUGGCAUACAGGUGAGACGCCACAUCGAUGUGAUUACUGUGCCAAAACAUUCACGCGCAAAGAACAUUUGGUCAAUCAUGUGCGACAACAUACUGGUAUGUAUACUUUAGAAUUCACAUAAUUUGAAUUUUGCUUAAACAAAAUUUUAGACACUAAGACCAUUAUCUAAAUAUAUAUAUUUAAUUUUUUUAAUUUUUUUGUACAACUUGAAUUUGAAAAAGAUAAGAGUGUAAGAAAUAUGUUCACUUCAAUGUUUUUCGGUCUUGGAAUUCGUUAAAAUUGGUCCAAAAAAAAAAAUUAUAUCUAUUUAGUCUUAUUAUUCUACAAUAUUUAAAUUGUACCAUUCGUUUUAGUAGGUAAUUUGAUAUUACUGGUGGUUUUGUUUUUUAGUUUGUUUUUUUUUCUAUGAUUUUUCAAAUGUUUUUUUAUUUUAAUUGAUCUUAUUUAAUAAUGUGUAAUGUGUUAGGUAGGUGCAUAUUGAUGUUGUAUUAUUUUUUUCUUUUUUUCUUCAUUAUUUAUUAUUUGGUUAUUUUGUGUGGAUUUAAUACAGAUGUUUCAUUGAUUCAUUAUUGCUGCAAUGUUUAUUUUAUUUUAUUUUUUUUUUUUUUUUAACUUUUGUCCCAACAUUUUCGUUGUUGUUAAUUGGUAUUAGUGAAAUUGAAUUGUUAAGAAAUUAGAAUUGCGCAACCCUUGGUACUUUUAAUGAGGUAUAUUUUAAAUUGUAAUAUACAGGUUGAUCUUUUUAAAUACCCAAAACAUUUAUAUUAAUUAAAAGAAUUAUUCAAUUGUAUAUUAUUUUAAUAUAUUUAUAUAUAUAUAUAUAAGUAUAAUUAAAUAAUAUUUAUUUAAAUUACUAUCCUUUAUAGUUAUGGUAUAUUUAUAUAUAAAAAAAAAAUUCUGUUCACUAAAUAUUAAAUAUAAUACCUGUCUUUAAAAUAAAAUUAUUGAAGUAUACAAAAUUAGAUCAUUGAUAAUAAUAAAAUUAGACAUCCUUGGUCUUUUUUUAAUUUGGUGAAAAAUCAUUUUAGACUAUGAGGGAACUGAUGACGUAGAUGUUAUCUUAAUUGUCUAUUAGGUAGAGAGAAUGCACAAUUUUAUAAUUUCUUUAUGCAAAUAAUUAUGGGUACUUCAUUUUUUUUUGGUUCAUGGUAACAGUUUUAACUCUUGUGUACAAAAAAAAAAAAAGUAAAUGUCAGACAACUAAUGAAACACAACAUAACUCCAUUUUGCCUGUAAUUUUUUAUUGAGUAUCUAUGUUUAGUUGUAUGUGUAUAUUCUUUUAGCUUAAGAUACCUGAGUGAGAUGUCAGUAUUUAGUAGGAAAAAUGUAGUUAUUUAUACAUAAAUUAGGAACAUAAGAUAUUUUUAUUUUAAGACAAUUCAUUCAUUAUUUUAUUUUAUCUGAUUAUAUAAAUAUUUUUUAAAUUAAUUUACAAAUAAGUGAUAAGUUAUUUUUGUUGUAUAUAAACACUAUCGGUACCGUGGCUGUUAUAUUCUAGUUUUAUGGGGGGCGGGGAGAUUUAAAAUACAUGGGAAUAUGGGAUUCAACCAUUACCAUUAUCUUUAAUAACAUUAAAAAAUGUACAAACUUCGAUAAUUUUAGUUGAAAAAAAUUGUUCAUAACUCUUCCUUGUAUUAAACAGUUUUCGACCAUGCUCCUGUUUAUAUCCUCUUCUAUUUAGUUUAUGCAUAGGUAUUUCAUUUUUAAAAUGUUUAUUUUUAGAUAUCUAAAUACACCAAUGUAAUUAUAACAACUUUCAAUAACGUAUUAAAAUCAAGUGAAAAAUCUUCAAAGGGGAAGAGAGGUGAUCCAGCAAUAUUGUUCCUCCCUCAAAUAUACUUACCUAUUAAUAAUAUGCAUUUAUAUAAUUAUUAAAGGGUGAUGUAUGUCAAAAAGUUUAGGAGGCUUAAGUAUAAAUAGUUAGGAUACCUGGCCUUUGGUGUAUAAUUUAAAUAUUUAAUUUUAAUGAAUUUAUUGAUUAUAAUUUAAAUAAAAAAAGUUAUUUGUUGGUACGAAAGAUUAUAAAUAUAUAUGUCACAUAACAACAUAUCAGUAAUUUAAUUUCAUUCCCUUGAAAAUUAAACUAGCUCUUUUUUGUAGUAUUUUUUUGUUCUAUAGUUUUGUACUAUUUUAAUCCACCUCAAUUGUUAUGGCUGAACAAAUAUUAAAAUUGUUAACUACUUUUUCUAUUUCAAUUCCAAUUGAAUUUCUCAUUAAUUCUGAAUAAUGCUCUACAACUAAGUUUUAUAUUGUAGUUGUCUGAUUAAUUUUUUUAUUUUAUGGAUGAUCUAUUUUCACUAUUAAUACUGUAUUAUUUAUUAUUGAAAUCAAAGACAAAAAGAACUUGAUGUAUGUGAUUUCCAUGAUUCUUACACUUAAUCUAACAUAAAUGUAUUAAAUAUAUAUAAUUAGUUUGUAGUUUUCAAUUGCACUAGAGCGCUACAUUUUGUUUGUUUUGUUAGACCUUUAAGGAAAUUAUAUUUGAAUUUAUUUCCUCUGGUAAUUUUAAUCAUUAAUUCUGGCAUUUCAGUACAAUCAAAUGAUUGCACGUUAUAAACAACAUUGAUCAUGGAUUUGAUCUAGGAUUACUUAUAUUCUAUGAGAUUAAGACAUAUUUUAAGGAUGAGAAAUAUGUUAUUUUUUGCAUGAUUUUUUUUUUUUUUUUAGUAAAUUAGUCAAUAUUUAUAAAUAAUAUUUAUUUUAUUGAAAAUACUGUGAUUUAAAAAUAUUCAUAGGUUACUAAUUAUAUCAGAUAUCAUCUUUGUAAAAUAUUACAUAAUAAUUAUAUAUAUUUUCAAAUUUCUAUUUUCAUUCGUAAACGUUAUAAUAUAAUGUAUAAAAUAUGCCCAUAAUAGUUCCAAGGGUUGUGUGUCACCUUGAUCACCUUGAUACAAACAUUUGUUUACAAUUUUGAUGUUUUGAUGUACUUACUGCAGUAGUCUAGUUCUUUGAAAAAUAUAAACGGUUUAUAGGUGGUAUACAAAACGCUGCCGAAUAUUCUAUGAACAUGGAGCCUGGUCCUUCUACUUAUCGUAAGUUGUAUUGCUCUUUAAGAUUUACAUUUCUUCCCGUUUUUAUUUUUUAUUUAUUAUUUUUGUUUUAAUUUUUUUUUCGUUCCAUUGAGUUUUCUUUUCCGUUUUUAUUUAUUAUUAUUUUUACUUUUAUUAUUAUUAUUAUUUUUUUUUUUUUGGUUGAUAGUGUUAAACUAUUUCAUUUUCGUUCAGGUGCCUGUUUGUUUUAAUUUUGUUUAUUUUAAGCGUAUCCGACAAAAAUAAUGAACCAAAACGUAUGCUGGUAUUAAAUCUGGGUUCAUUUAUUUUGUUUCAUAAAUGCCUUAUUUAUUAGGAAUUCAUUUGUUAGUAGCCUAAUCAAAAAUGUUGUGUGCGUGUCAAUAAUAUUUGUCUAUGUUCUGACUUCUGAAUUAGAAUAAAACAAGCAAAAUAUGGUUAAACAAUAAUUUUUGGUAUUGUAAAAAAAAUUAUUUAGGCAGAACUAUCUAUUAAGCAAUAAGUAUUGAUAUUAGCGCUCUAGUGUAAUUGGUAUAUAGUGGACCAAUAAAAAUUCAUUAGUCAAAGUUGACUUAUUUUUUUUAUAUUAAUCAGAAUUAAUAAAAUUUAUUUGAAAAUAAACAUUUUAUUAUUAUGAGGUAACUUAACUAAAAAAGAGUUUUUUGUCUUUAGACAUUUAGCUAAUAUGUUUAUUGGUCCACUGUAUAGGUGAAACUCCUCACCACUGCAAUUACUGCCCAAAAUCGUUCACGCGUAAAGAUCACAUGGUUUACCACGAGCGUCAACACACAGGAGAAACGCCGUUCCCGUGCCAGUACUGUCCAAAGGCUUUCACUCGCAAGGACCAUUUGGUGAAUCAUGUCAGACGUCAUACAGGCGAGUCACCACACAAAUGCACUUAUUGUUUAAAAGUGUUUACGAGAAAGGAGCAUCUGACCAAUCAUAUACGCCAACAUACGGGUGAGUCACCACACCGAUGUCACUUUUGUCCUAAAACCUUCACGCGUAAAGAACACCUUACUUGUCAUAUUCGUAUUCAUACUGGGGAGUCACCUCAUGCCUGUGAGUUUUGUAAUCGUACUUUUACACGUAAAGAACAUUUGAAGCGCCACAUGCGCCAGCAUAUUCCCGGUUCUGAAUAUAACUGUCUUAUAUGUGAUGAAACCAUGCCUACUAAAGAGCAAUUACUGGAACACAUGGCAUCACACCCACAAGACUAUCCUUAUGUAUGUACAGACUGUGGGAAAUCGUUCAGGCUUAAAGGAAAUCUUUUGUUUCACUUGCGUUCCCACCAAAAGGGUAUGCCUAUGGACCGUCCAUUUCAGUGUGAUCUGUGCCCUAAAGAUUUCAUGUUUAAAGGUCAUCUUGUUUCACAUCGCCGUAGCCAUACAAAUCCUAAAGUUCAAACUACAUUCCCAGCCACGAUUCAAAUUCUUGGAAAUAAUUCAUUUGUUAUUAAGAAUGGAAAAGAACAGGGAGAAUUAGUUAAUCUACAUCAGUUAAAUAACCAAGGAGAGCGAUCCAUACCAUAUGAUAUGUUGUUGCAAAAAAACAAUCAUUUUCCUCCAACUAUUCAGAUUAGUAAUGGCUCAUUUGUACUUAAGGGUUUAGUAAAACAAGAAGGUGAAGGAACUGAAUUAAUUACGUUGCAUCAACAACAGCCAGAUGGAUCAUCUAGUAUUCAGACUGCCCAGUUAGUUAGUGUAGGAACACAAGUGACUUUACCACCACCACAGAAUAGUGAGCACGUAACUCCACAUUCUAGAGCUAGUUUGUUAGCAGCCGUUACAUAAAUUAAUUAUUAUUGGAGUAGGGUUUCUUAAUUUUCAGUAGGUCAAGUUUGGUGUUCUUGUUCGCGACAAUAAUGGCAUUUUUAAAUACAAUUUAUAUUUUGUUGACAUUUGAGUAUAUUAAUUAAAGGUUAAUAACAUUAUUUUACUUUUUAAACUAAAUAAAUUAGAAGAAAAUAAUUUUUAUAGAAAAUGAUUUAUAUAUACAUAUAUAAAAAACAAAAAAUAUAUAUAUAUAUAUAUAUAUAUAUAUAUAUUAUAGAAUAAGCUAACUUUAGUAUGAAAUCUAAUGCAUUGAGUUAAUAUUAGGACAUUUUUCUCUAUGUAUAAGUUAAAAAAAAUUGUAUAAUUUGUUAAAUAAUUUCUUAAUAAAUAAUAUUUAUCAUCUUUAUAGUCUUUAAUUUUAAUCUAUAAGUUUUAAUGUAUAUGAUAUUUAUAAUAUUUUAUUUUAUCUUAUUAUUAAUUGGUAAAGGUAACAAUAUUUAAAGUUUUUUUUUUUUUUUUUUUUAGUAUUAUAUUUCCUAACUAUACAAAGUUUUCAGUCUUAUGUAAAUAUUAAUAAAAUAGUAACUUUACUAUGUAGAAAUCAUAUAACUUCUUGUUUUGGUUUUUUUUUUUUUUAUUUAUAAUAUUUACUUUAGGUUUUAUUAUUUGAUCAUUCCAUUAUUUAACACUUAAAUUGUGAAUAUAAUGUAAUUAAGUACCAAGAAAUCUUAUUAGUUUUUAAGUUUUUUUGAUUUUGUGAUCGCACACAACAUUAAAACUGAUUUUACUCCUAAAAGUAACUUAUAUCAGGCAGAAAUUUCAUAAUACUUGCACACAAACUGUUUGUUUUUCGUGUAUAUUAAUAUAUAUACACAAAAUCAUUAUACAAUAGAACAAUUAAUUUAAAACAUGCUAUUUAUAGUUUAGUUACAAUAUAUGAAUCAUUAUAUGACAUCUUUUAAACAAAUGUUCUUAUUUUACGUGCCCAUUUAUGACACAAACCUCUUCUAUCAGGAUUAGUGAAGAGAACUCAAUGGUUACAUUUAAUAUUUAACCAUUUUAAAAAGGGGGUCCUCAUUUGUCGGUUACGCCAGUGGGCAAUAAAUGGUACACCUUUCUAUGAAAAUAAAAUAAAAAAACAGUUAUUUUAAGGUAAAAUAGAACUUAUAUUAUGUGUCUCUAUAAUAGCUGAGACUUUGGAAACAUACAAAUUCUAGAAAAAAUUUCACUUAACCAUCUAAAAUAUAAUAUGAUUUGUUUAAAUAAAUUGUAUGACCACUGCUUUUUCUAAAUCACUACUAAUACAAACAUUUUUUAUUUGUUAUAUUUUCAUUGACAUGCAAGUCUUGAAAAUUGUUUAUAUUUUACAAUUUAUUUAAUAAAUUAACUUAAAUGUGAUAUUAUAUUCUUUCAUUAUUUAUUUUAAGUGUUCAGGGAAAACAUUAAUUUUCUUCCUUUAUAAUUUUGUUCUACAUGUUUUAAAAAAGUAAUUAGUGAUAAAUUAAUAAUACAGGUGUACCAUUGUUGUCUUUAUUUUAUUAUUAUUUAUUUUUUAUUAAAUUAAGUAAAGAGUGUUUUUGCAAAUCUCUAAUAUGACCCACAAUAAUAACUCCUUGCAAAUUAACUGGUAGAUUCCUGCACAAUUGUGCUAAAUGUUAGUGUGGACCAAAUCAAAACCCAUUUAACUUAAAAUAUUAAACAAAUACAUAUAUACACAUAUAUUUAUAUAAAUAUAUGUAUAUAUUAUAUUAAUAUAUGUAUGUGUGUAUGUAUGUACGUAUGUAAUUCUAAACAUACAAAAGUAUAUAUAUAUAUGUAUUUAUAUAAUAAAAAUAAUUUAAUGAAAAAGUUUGGUGAUCAAAAUGAGGAAUGAGAGAGUAUUCUUUUUUUAAAAUUACCCUAUGGAAUCGGGUUGGUGUCAGUCUUAAGUGGGCACUAAAAUAAGAGUUUUUACAUAUUCAAACAAAAACAAAAUAUACUUAUAUAUAUACUUACUUAAAUGUUCGCGUAUGUGUGUGUAUGUAUGAUUGUGUGUGUGUGUGUGUGUGUGUGUGUCCCUCGCGUGUUGAUUGAUUGACAUGGGUUUUUGUUUGGUCCACUGUGUAGGUGAAACACCUCACCACUGCAAUUACUGCUCGAAAUCAUUCACGCGUAAAGACCACAUGGUUUACCACGAGCGUCAACACACAGGAGAAACGCCGUUCCCGUGCCAGUACUGUCCAAAGGCGUUCACACGAAAAGAUCAUUUGGUCAACCACAUCAGGCGGCAUACUGGUGAAUCGCCGCACAAGUGCACAUUCUGCAUGAAGUCAUUCACUAGAAAAGAGAACCUGACGAACCACAUCCGUCAGCACACUGGUGAGUCACCACACCGAUGUCAUUUUUGUCCUAAAACGUUUACGCGCAAAGAACAUCUUACUUGUCAUAUUCGUAUUCACACAGGCGAGUCGCCACACGCUUGCGAAUUCUGUAAUCGAACCUUUGCACGCAAAGAACAUCUGAAACGUCACGUGCGCCAGCACGCGCCGGGGGCAGAGUACAAUUGUAUCAUCUGCUCCGAGGUGUUCUCUGCCAAGGAACCGUUGCUCGAACACAUGUUGACCCAUCCCCGCGAUUGUCCGUACGUGUGCACCGACUGCGGCAAGGCAUUCCGCCUCAAGGGCAACCUCCUGUUCCAUCAGAGGUCCCAUCAAAAGGGCAUGCCGGCCGAUCGUCCGUUUCGUUGUGAUCUGUGCCCCAAGGAUUUCAUGUGCAAAGGGCACUUAGUGUCGCACCGGCGCAGUCACACCAACACCAAACAACAAUUUCAAACUGGUCAAUUUACAAAAGACCAUGGCACCAAUGCAUCUUUCAUGUUGAAACAUUUGAUGAAGCAAGAAAAUGUGUCGGAAAUGAUCGGCCUGCAUCAGCCCCAUCCAAUGCCCCAGCAUUCUGUCAGUGUGGGUACACAAGUUGGACUGCCUGUUCUUCCUCCGCCUCCAAACCUCCAUCUUCCCCCACCAACCGCCGCUAGCCUAUUGGCCGCAGUCACGUAAACUUCUUGGAGUUCGGACACGACAACUUUUUAUUUCCCAUUUCCGUUCUGUUUGUUUUUGCUGCACAUUUUUAUUUUUAUUUUUCGUAUUCAAAUCGUCAUUCAUUUUUAUUUAUUUGUUUUUUUUUUUUUUUUUUUUUUUUUUUUUUUUUUUUUUUUUUUGUAUUUCUUUAAUUUUUUUUUCUUUUUGAUUUAUUUUGCUUGGAAAUUUGACUUUCGUUGGUUUUGUUUUAUUUAUCAGUUUAUUUAUUACUACAUUUACAAUUUCGUUUUUUCUAUUGAUUUAACUAUAUAUCUUAACCCCGUUGAGCAACGAACCAGUUUCUUGUACUCAUAUAUUAUAUAUUGGUAGUUACAAUGGCUUAGUUUGUAUUGCGCGCGAAAUAUUAAAAUCAACAUCUGAAGAUGUUUGAACACUAAUGAUGAUCUCAUUGAAACUUUCUAUCUUGUGUUUUGAAAUUAUUUAAUUAUUUUAAAUUGAAUAAUUUAUUUAUGGGUUUUAUCGUGGUGUUUUUUACUUUUUUUACAGUAUUAUUAUACUGUUUUAUUUUUGUUUUUUUUUUGACGGCGCCUAUGAAGCAUUAGGGUACAUUAGGAUACAUUAAGAUUCAAUACAUUUAAACUAACAUUUAUUUGGUUUUAAAUUUUCAGUGCCAUAAAAUUAUGUUAAUAAAUAGAUUUAUAAUACACUUAGGUUAGAAUUAUAAUGUUUAAAAGUUAAAUAAUAUUUCAUUGACAGAUUCAUAUGGACAUGUAGAAUUUUCUCUUGAUACACCAAAUUUUUAAUUUUUUAAUAAAAUAUACAUAAAAAUCAUUAUAAUACAGUUGUAUGGCUUUUCUAAAGUACCAAGUACGUACAUUCAAAUGUGUAUAUUCCAUAGUUUAAAAGUUUAGGUAAGUGUUAAAUAUGAUUAGCAGAUCAAACAUUAUUGUGUGUGUUUUGGAAUUGUAAUUUUGUCCAUCUGUUUACUAAUCUAGCAAACAAAUGCGAAUAGUAAAAAAAAAAAAACUAUAUUUCAUAUAGCCAAAUAGCACACAAUGCAGAAAAUUGCAACACCUAUUUUGAUAUUAUGUAUAUAUUGGCCAACAGCAACAACACGUAUCUGCAAAUUUUCUGCAAUUAUGUUGAAUAAGGUUUCUAAUAUUGCGAGUAUAUUUACAAAUAACAUCAAAAUAAAAAUUGAUAAGGAAUUUGUAUUUGAAUGUUGUACCCUUAUAUGCUUCUUAGGCCCAGGUAAGUAUGUUUGAUGGGAGAAUAUUUGUUUAGCGGUCAUUUAAUUUUUACAUAGUUAAAUUAGAUGACUACAUUUUUAAAUUUUUGAAACAUUACAAGUUCAAAUUUAUCUAUGAUUCGCCAUUGAGAUUGAUCGAUUGAUUUCACAUGAAACACUGAAAACAUUAUUUUAAUUUUACACUUUUUGUUGUAAAUGUAGUAAUGUUUUUUUUGGCGACAUAAAAUAAUUUUUUUUUGUUUUGUUUUGAAAUUAUGAUUUGUUAAGGUUUUUCGCGUGUAUUGGAAAUUUUACUUAUUACUUUAUUAUCUUUAAACACAAUGUCAUAAUUUGUAUAGCCAUUUUAAAUAUUAUACAACUAUAAUACAACAUAAUGUUUAUAAAUGCUUAAGUGUGUGAGCGUGCCCUAUGUGUAGACUAUUACUGAAUAAUUGACUCUAGAUUUAGUUUUAUGAUAUGAGAUCGAAUAUGUAUUAUUUAGUAAUAUUAGUAUAUUUUUUUAUGCUGAAACAUUGUUACCGGUGUAGUUUCAAUUAAUUAUUUACACUGGAUAAAUAUGUUAUAAUAAUGUAAAUAACAAAAGCGUAAGAAUAUUGCCAUUGAAUUAUAUAUUGUAUAUAUUUCACAUUAACAGUUAAUAAUUUAUUUAAGGUUAAGUAUGUAUAUUUAUAUAUUAUAUACACAUAUAUAUUUUAGACUUUUAAAAUAAUCACAUCAUUGAACGGUGCAAUAUUAACCGACAUUUUAUUAUUAGUUUUAAUUUUUAAUUUUCAAAUUCUUCUUUGCUUUGUAUAAAUUUGCUUAAAUUAUCUAAUUUUAUUUUUCCAAUUAAAUCUGAAAAUUUGAGUACCAACUUGCCAUAUAAAUAUAUUUUAUGGUCUUCCUCAUUGUUGAAACAACCAAAAUAUAGCUUUUAGAAUUUAUUCAAAAUAGGAAAUAGACUGAUUACAUUUUUCUUAGUUCGAAUAGAGUAUUUUACCGUCAAAGAAAUUAAAUUAAUAUUAAAAUGUGUGCGUUUGUAAGUAUUUUAAAUUAUUUUUUAAUGUUCAAAAAUUUUAGCAAUGGCGCAUAAUGUACCUAAUAUCUACUAUUUUUAUGUACAUAAAACGUAAACUAUUCUAAUGUUAUUGUUAAUCAUAAUGGAGACAUAGUUUUAAAUACAUAAUUCACGUAGUUGUAGGGCAUGUGGCUACCAAUUAAUCUAGGCCUAUAUUUUAAAAUUAUGAUACAUAAAAGUAAAAGUAAUUAUUAUAAAUUACCAGCUAAUUUAGAUGGAAAACUUGGUGGUUUACCAAAACAAUUUUCUCCAAGUUUUGUGGCCACUUGCACUAUAUGUAGGAUUUAGUUUGAAUUAAUUAUUUUUACAAUUUAUAUUCCGUUUUUGUAAUGAUAUUGUAUUGACGAAAUAUAGAAUUUGUGUGAAGAUUUACUAUACAUAACGAUUUAUAUUUUUUGCCUUUAAAAUCCUUCACUGAUAAACUGAUAUUCUUUGUCAAGUUCAUAUUUUAAUGAUAAUUAUUUUAUGAGUUAUAAGCUUAUAAAUAAAAACAAUUUUAGCAUCGGUUUGACGUUCAAAUGUUUAAGGGAUUUCAUUCAAUUGAUUUGAGUAAUUCAUUUCAGGUUACUUGAAAUCUUAAAAAUACUGAAAACAAUAAGAAAAGAAAAAAUGUAAGUAAGUAAUACUAUUAAAUAUUAGUUCAGGAGAAAAUUCCUGAGAAUAUUUCUGGUAGAAAUGUUGUUCACAGAUUACAUCAUUAUUAAAUCAUCAUUUUAAAACCAUUCUUCUUGCAAACUAGGGUUGCAAUAAUUUCAUAAUGCAAAUUUGGGAAGACUUAGAAAAAAUAGCAAAUACAAUUAGACUAAAAAUAUGAUUGAAUCAUACCUAUUUAACUUAUAUGUAUUUAAAAAAAAACCCAAAUAAUUAGUUAAUGCCUUAUAAACUAAAACAAUGGAA